AUGUCGUCGUCGGCGACGGUUCGAGUCGAGAAGGCCACAAGCCAUCUCCUAAUGGGCCCCGAUUGGGCACUCAACAUGGAAAUCUGCGAUUCCAUAAAUUCUGAUCAGUGGCAGGCAAGGGAUGUGAUUAAAGCUGUCAAGAAGCGCUUGCAAAAUAAAAACCCAAAGGUUCAAUUUCUUGCUUUGACGCUUUUGGAGACAUUGGUAAAGAACUGUGGCGAUUAUGUGCAUUUUCAAGUUGUUGAACGGGAUAUUUUAGAAGAGAUGAUUAAAAUUGUCAGGAAAAAGACAGAUAUGCAAGUGAGGGACAAAAUUUUGGUGUUGCUGGACUCUUGGCAAGAAGCAUUCGGUGGGCCUGGAGGGAAACAUCCACAAUACUACUGGGCAUAUGCUGAACUAAAAAGGUCUGGAGUAGUAUUUCCCCAACGCUCGGCAAAUGCUCCCCCAAUAUUUACCCCUCCUGUUACACAUCUGACAUCAACAUCUAGUCAUCCCCAGGCAGCUUAUAAUAUACCUAGCAAUGGUGCUGUAACAUUUGAUGAAGCAAUGACAUCGGAUAUGGGAAAUUUGAGUUUAUCAGAUUUACAUAACAUUCGAAGUGUUACGGAGCUAUUAAAUGAUAUGAUGAAAGCUGUGAACCCAUAUGAUCGUGGGGCUGUUAGAGAUGAAGUGAUUACAGAGCUUGUGAGCCAGUCCCGCACCAACCAGAAAAGGCUAAUGCAAUUGGUCAGUUCAACAGGGGAUGAAGAGAUUUUAGGACAAGGUCUUGAAUUGUAUGACAAAUUACAAAGCUUGCUCAUGAAACAUGAUGCCAUAGCCUCUGGUUCUCCUUUGCCGCCCGAAUCGUCAGAAUCCAUUUCAAAGUCCAAGAUGCCUGUUGCUUCUACUCCCAUCGUAAACAGUCAGUUUGAAGAUGAAGAUGAAGAUGAUGAUUUUGCUCAGCUAGCUCGGAGGAAUUCCACAUUCAAGCCGGUGGCUACUCAAAACACAUUUACCAGCACUGGUGAUCAAGAGGCCUCGCCAAAUCGGAGUGAUGUGACAACUGUAACUGCUGGUUCAAGUGCUUCAGAAGUCUCAUCCUCUGUAGCAAGCAGUGCAUUGGUUCUGCUCGAUCCUCCUCCUCCUGUCAGGACGGUCAGGCAAGAUCAAGACAUGAUUGACCUUUUGAGCCUGACUUUGUCAACCAACCCGUCAUCACCUCAUACUCCUUUCACACCUCCUCCAACCUCAAGCCAAAUUGGUUCUCAUUCUUCCAGUGGACAUGAUUACCUUCACAGCCCUCAGCCUUACCCUGUGAACCAAGGUAACAAUCCUUACAACGGUUACGUUGCACCCUGGGCUCAACAGGUACUAUCUCUUGCCCAAGCCCAGCCUCCUUUCCAACCACAGCCUCCAUCCCAACCCCAGCCUCCUUUCCAACCACAACCGCCAUCCCAACCCCAGCCUCCUUUCCAACCACAACCUCCAGCCCAAGCUCAGCUCCAAAAUCAACCUCCACUUCAAGGUCAGCCCACUUUCCGACCUCAAUAUUCAGCCCAAACUCAAACUUCCCAAUACUCAUCCAGGUACCCACCCCCACCAUGGUUUUUUCCUGCCAAGCCCAACCCCAAUCCCUUCCCAUUGACUACCGACCAAGCAUCUUCUCAUUCCAGUUCUGCUGCUUAUGCGCCUGAUCAUUCUUCCAGACCACUACAGCAAUAUGAUUCAUUUGGGUCAAGAGUCAACAAUGUUCCAGCUGUGACUGGUGAAAGACAGGUAAAUGCCAACCUAAGGCAGACAGGGUCUGCAGCUGCUGCAAAACCAUAUUAUCUGCCAGACAGAUUGUUUGAGGAUUUGAUAGAUUUGAGAAACCCAAGUGGUGGACAAAAGACAGGUAGAUCGUCUAGCUUGUCAGGGACAUCAAGCCAGCCUAUGAUGAGUGGAAGGAAAUGAGACCCCUUUUGUGGUAUAGGAUUCAUUAGUGAAAGGUACUAUUGGACUAGGGGAUCCUUCAAAACUGGUUUUUAUGUAUAUAUAUUGCAAUCUCUUCAGUUGUUAUUUCCUCUCUUACAAAGAAAUUGCAUUUGUGGUGUUGUUCCUGCUGCCACCCUGAUACAAAUAUUUAUGUACAUAAUUAAUUUGACAUGGUAGACAUUAGACAACAUGAUUUACAUCAUGGUUCAUUCAUUUUGUCAAGAUAAUUUUCUGAG